UCAAGAUGAAGCUGCAAAAGCCCACAAGGCGCCUGUAUGCUUCUCUUACAGCUGUGAUCCUGCUCGUGUUAGGAGGUGAAGCCAACAUCCAGGUCCACAAGAACGUUCUACUGCACGGAUCGCUCAGGAUGUCUUAUUCUCCUUCCCAGAAGAUCGGAGCAAGUAAAUUAAUUACCUGGAGGUUUGAUAAGAUCAAUGAACAAGUCACAAUACUGGACACCACUGAGAAACCACAUUAUGUAUAUCCCUCUAAGUUCAGGGAUCGGCUACAAGUGUCUGAGAACCUACACACAUUGACCAUCGUGGAUCUGACUAUGGAAGAUGGUGGGAUGUACACCAUUGACGUUGUAGAUGUAAAUGGAGUACGAGAAUCUUAUUCAUUUAAUGUCACCGUCUAUGAGCCUGUUCCACUUCCAAGUAUAAGGACUGAGGUGACGGAGAACGCCAUAGACAGAUGCAAUGUUACUCUUCAUUGCUCUGUCCCAUCAAACACAUCAGAUUUCUCCUAUAGCUGGCAAUGUGGAGAUAGGAAAUCUGAUUGUCAGCAGUAUAAUAAUGGAAGAACAGUCCAGAUAUCCCUGAAGAACGACUCCAAGGACAUGGAGAUCCUGUGCAUAGUCCAGAACCCUGUGGACAAGAAGAAUGUCUCUAUCCACGUACAAGAAACCUGUAUGUUUACAGAAAGGUCACCCACUUUGAGAUCGAGAUCUCUUUAUCUUCUGAUCAUAAAGCCAGCGCAAUGUGUACUGUUCCUGGUGCCGUUAAUAAUAUAUCUUGCUAUGAUAAGGGAAGAAAAGGUAGCUUAACACACUGUGGACAUAGAGAAAUGACUCUGCAGCCAACAUCACCUACGCCAGUAUUACACGACACCAACUCCGCUGGCAGCACAUAAACAGUUUUAGAAAAAAAUGCAUCUACAGGCAACAUAGUGUAAAUCUUUCAUCUGCCUGUCGGGGAAACUACAGCUCCCAGUAUGUCCUGACAGCUGCAGGCAACAGCCAGAGAGCCACAAGAUGGGAUGUAAAAAAUAAAAAAAAAUUGUAGAAAAGUGAAAAAAAAAGAAAAGAAAAAAGAUAUG